AUUAACAUUGUUUAAAUGGGACCCUUUCAUACUUACCUGCUCGCGUCGAGCGGUCACUUUCACCCGCGCGGCAUGCGGCUGAGGCGUGUCGGGACGGGCGUGCGGCCAUCACCGCCUAGCGUGUCCCGCCACGCGGUUGGGACCAAUACCUAACGGGAGUUUUUAUACUUCAUGCUACAUGCCAAGCGGUUGGGUUCAGUUCAGUUCAGAUUAGCUUGUAGUCUUGCAAAGUGCUAGCUUGGAGAAUGGAUGCAAUUGAUACAGAGGUGCUGAUUAGUGAAGUGCAAUCUAGACCUAUGUUAUGGAACCCAGGAAAGGAAGACUACAAAAACCGAGAUCUGCGGAAUAAAGCGUGGGAAGAGAUUUGUAGCAAUAUCAUCCCUACAUUUGAUGAAGCUGAUGACAAUCUAAAGAAAAAAUUAGUUGAAAAAGUUCGUUCCAGAUGGAAAUCCUCAAGGGAUUCCUACAUGAAGGCGAAGGGAAAAGUUAAAGUUCUGAAAUCUGGGUCAGCGCCAUGCAAGGCAAUUAGAUACAUAUAUUAUGAACAAAUGCAAUUUCUAGACAAAAUACAACAAAGGUCUACCAUUUCUAACUUUGAACAAGCUGCAGAAGAUGAGGAUAUUAGUGAAGUUUUUCAUAAUAGUGAAACUAACGAAGAUGACAUUCGUGAUGACGAUUCAGAUGCUCAAGAUGCAGCCAGAAGGAAGUUCACCGAAUCUGUCAAGAAUCGGGAGAAAAAGAAACAAAAACUGGACGAUUUUGGUGAAAACCUUCUGGCUCUAUUAAAAAGCAGCAAAGAAACAGAAGAAGACGCUGACCGGGCAUUCUUGUUAUCCCUGCUCCCACAUGUCAGAGGGUUUGACGAAGAUCAAAAACUGGAUUUCCAAAGUGGGGUACUACAAUUGAUAACGAAAAUAAAACGAGGAAAUUAUGCACCGCCCACUCCAAUUGGUUCUCAUGCCUCAUAUCCGCAAUAUCAUUCAUAUAAUCCAGAUCCAUCCCAAAUCAUUUACAGCCACAAACAACAAUCUGAUCCAGGUCCAUCCAUAAGAGAGAAUGAACAUUUUUGAAAGAUAAAACUGCCUCUCGAGUAGUGCUCAGCUCCAUGGAGUUAGUUAGUUAAUUAGUUAGUUUAAACUUCUAAAUAUAAUGUAUUUGUUUAUGUGAUAAUUAAAAUAAUGUUUCAAUAAUCUGACCUUGGAGGUUUUAAUUGUACUUUCUAUGUCUAUAUGAAACAGAAAAUAAGCUUACCUCAGAGUUACACAAAGUCUCUCCAUUGGACUAAUGGGCAUGGAGUGGGUCCUUGUAAUACGAAAAUGACUUUCAACUUUCCCAAAUA